UUACAGUAAUCUAAUUUAAUUUAAACGCUUCAGGCCCACAAUCAGGGAUUGGUUUUGGGAACGAAGCCUCAAACGGAGACGAAUCGAGUUAAACGGCCGUAGUUCUCACCAUGGAGGUAGAAUCACACUUACAUGCGACUAGACUCAGAUCGAUCAGGGACUAGUAUAUAGUAGAAGGAAAUGAAUGACGCGUAGCGUGCGAAAAUCAAAUGACAGGCAUGGCAGAGCAUCGUCUGGGCUUCACCUCUGCUUUUCCUGCAGGCACUGAAGAUUAUUCUGACGACGAAGAUGGGCUUUGCAUCAUCGACGGCAAUGCACUUUCAAAUAUGAAUCAGCAACCAUCAUCUGCAAAUGUUCCCGAAUGGGAUACUGUAGGUUCAGUCAAAUCAUCAACAGAAACUCCAUUUCAAGAUAAUGACAGGAGCUUGGAGGGUGGUAGGAAUGCUGAGUCAUCAGCAAACAGUUCUACAAAAAGGGACAGGCAGGGAUUUCCAAUUAUUUUGGAUGACUUUCGGAAAGCAGUAUGCCGAGGAAACCUACAGGAUGUGGAAGCUUUCAGAUUACAAGGUGUUCCAGUAGAUACUUCCUUGAGAGCAGGAUGGACAGCUCUCAUGUAUGCAGUGUUCUAUGGAAAUACUCAGAUUGCGGAAUACCUUGUGCAAGAAGGGGCUGAUGUUAACUUUAACAAGGCAUCAUAUAUGUACACGCCAUUGAUUGCAGCUGCAUCAAGUGAACAGGAAAAGGGUCAUGUUACAUCAUGUUUGACCAUUUUACUUGAGAUGGGUGCUAAUCCAAACGUGCAUGAAAGAAGUCACAUGACUCCACUGAUGUUUGUUGCAAAGAAUGGAAACAUGGAUGCGGUGCAGAAAUUAAUUGACUUCAGAGCUGAGACAGACAGACAAGACAACCGUGGGUGGACAGCUCUUUGUUAUGCUGCCAACCAAGGAUACACCAGUGUUGCAGAAUGUCUGUUGAAUGCUAAAGCUGAUGCCAAGAAAAGAUGUUCUGAGGGAACAGCACGGGAUAUAGCCUGUAGUCAUGGCUAUAUUGAGCUUACAGAACUUAUAGAGAGAAGUAUGUCAUCUGGCAGGACAAAUGAUGAAACUCCUCAUCCAGAACAACAUUCCUUUUUAUCACCAUCUAGGUCUGUGUCAAUGCAACCGACAACCUCUUUGUCUAUAAAUCUGACCAGCAGUGCAUCUGGAGAAGCCUGUGAUGACCUUGAUUUGUUUCUUUGUGGUUUAGACCUUGGACACCUCAGUCCUUGUUUCCGUCAGCAUGCAGUCAAGUUCUCUGUCCUCCUUCAGAUGUCAGAGGCAGAUUUAGAAAAGAUUGGCAUAGACAAGUACGGAUGGCGGCAUAAAAUAAUGGAUGCUGUCCAUGAAAUUCACAAGAGAAAUUGGGAACCCGGGAGUGUGCAAGCAUCAGGAAAAAGGAUACUAAGCAUCACACAGCAGCGCCCAAAACAGCAACGCGGCAACCCCCCCGCCCUCCUGGAUGACAAAGACUCACACCCAUGACACCCACUUUCCACUGAGAAAUUUAGACAAUCCUGGACAAAAUAGUUGGAACACCUUUUGGGAAGCGCGGUGAAAAGAUCCCCCUCUCCCCCAUUCAAUGUUAGGGUCAUAUAUUUGACCAAGAUGAAGCCCAUCUUACCCAAUGAGAAACAAUGUUGACGGGGGCGAGGGGGAGGCAUGUUCCAACGAGAUUUGUCCAGGAUUCUAGAACGAUGAUGUCAGGAUGACAUUAUUAGAGGUCACUUAGCGUGCCCGUUGGGUCGUCAUUAAAAAACACUAUACAAAUUCUUGUAAAGAUUGAAAUUUCCUCCUCUUAAGCCAUUUGCUAAAUUCUGUAUCAUCUGGCUGUGUGCCCUAAUUUCCCACAAUACCUAGUGGAACAGCCACCAUGUUCUUUUUUUAGCACCAUAACAAAUGGAUGUGUUUUGGCGAACUCCAAGUUUUGAAGAUUUUUUUUUCACUACACUACGUUGUGUCAUUUCUCGAUCAACUACUACUUCCUAAUGAACUAUUCUUUAUUGUUAUACAGCUUGUGGUUAGACUGUUCCAUUUUUGACACCUUUUAACCGCCUUUCGUUGUUGUGUGUAGGUGUGUAUUGUCUCCAUUUUGUGACCGUAAUAAAGCUUUGUGAUUAGACUGUUUCUUCCAUGUCACCUCUGUGCAUUGGCUAUCGUACUGCAUAUAUAGGUGUGUUCUUUUUUGUGUCUCAUAUUUAUGAUGGAAUAAAGGUUGUGAUAAAAAUUUUCUUUCUUGUCACGUUUCAUCGCAUUUAGUAUUGUUGUGCAUGUGUAGGUCUUUUUCUUUUGUAUCUCCUAUGUGUGCAUUAUAUUAUGUGAUGCAUUCACAGAAAGGGAGACUCAUUUUGGAAUACCCACCCCCCUCUUAGUUGCAAUUGUGGUGUGGGGGUCAGGUCUCUGGUUAGGGGCUGGUCCACGUCAUCGCACGAGCAAGGGUUUGCUAGUGUUUGUAAGACCACUGGUGUGGCAGUUUGAGUUCCUAACAAAUGCUGGGAAUAGGCUAGUGUGUCGGCUUACUAUUCCCCUUUUGUUACCGUCGGUGGGAGGGGGUUGACCUAGUGAUACCCAAAUUUACAUCUGUCUCCAUUGUAGCUCCUAGAUUUUCCAGAGUGUGGACAUCAGGCUGAAGUGAGUAGCCCGGUUCACACUCUCCCCAGCUGGCAUGGGCAGGGUCACCGGCAACAUGGCCAAGAGGCACAACCCAAUGGUCCCUAUUCUUCACGAUCCAGUCUGGCAUGGCGGGCUCCGUAGUAAGCGUAGUCCCCUAGUUCCUAACUGCCCUUACUGGCAGUGCAUGGUCCCGCUCUAAGCUUGAAUUAAUACUGGCCCAUUCAUGCUCCUCAACAGGCCUGCUGAAGCGUAGUGAGUCUCAAUUCAGUACUUACCGUGGUGCAACGGAGCUACAGUGACCUCGGUCACCAUACCGUGACCGUUGCCUAUGCCAGGUGGUCUCACAGCAUUUUCUUGGGCAAACCUACCACCCCAGGCUGGCUCACUAUGCCCAUUCACCGAGCCUUUGUGGCCAGGAAAUCAGCAGGUUCUACCCACAUCAUCCACAGGCCCAUUCAUCACUCCGUCGACCAUUGACCAGACAGGGUGGUCUCGCAACACUGCUCUGGCCAAAAUACCACGCCCAUCCUGCUCACCGUAGUCAGUCUUCAAGUCUCUGUGGCCAAGCGGUCAGCGGCAUCUACCCACUCCUGCCCUGCCAGAAAUUCUGCAUCAGAUAUGGCAACAGGGGCCUGACCCGCAAUGGCUAUGACUGUCCAGUGUCCGGCCAGAUCCACAGGAACAGUCCAGCGAUUCCGAAAGAGCUAUAUAAAAUGAUCCGUCGAUUUUUGAAAAAACAUGUGGUUUAAUUAAAGCCAAAUGAAGGAACCUAAACUGUGCGGCUUUAUUUUCGUUGCCAAAACUGAAGUCUGUGACAAGAUGUGGCCUACAUGCUUUGCAGAAUCGCAGCGGCACCGUGCUGUACCCUGACCCAUUUGUCUGCAGUACGCUGAUGGCCCACUGUUGGCUGCAUGCCAAUUGUGACUCCCAAACAUGAUGAGCAUUUGGGUGCUACAUUGUGAGUGAUGAAAACUACACGUACAUAGGAGUUUUUCCCACACGCCAAAUUCCUUGCAAUGAAAUUUCUUGUCGCUGAUUACCCUCUAUUUCUUAUUGGAAACUCAAUUGUAACAUCUGAAGGAUCAACACCAAUUAGAAACUCAUUCCUUGGAGUGUUUAUUACUUCCCAAAAAAAUUCUUCUGCUGGACCAAUGUCGCAUUUUAAUCUUUAAGAUCGAAGCAAACUGUGGUGGAAAAGUAGGCCUACAUGUACUUUGUCACAUAUUACAAACGGAACUGAAAGAAAAAACCUAAACAAUGCAGCCCUUUGCCUGAUAUUAAUUCUCCCUUUACCAUGAAAUACUUGAAAUGGAAGUAACAGUUGAAGCUUUGAAAAUUCCCAUGAUGCUAGCUUUUGAACAAUUUCCCAAAUCCCACAAACCUUGACAUAAAAUCAGCAAUCCGAAGUUAUUUAAAGUCAAACAUUUCCAGGGUUUGCCAACUAAACUUAAACCAUUCAUAAGAAAGAGAAGCUGGCAAGAUCAGCAAUGGCAUCAGCCCAGAUGGAAAUCGGUGUUCAAAUUCAUGCAUGUUUCUAAUAGUUCUGCAUGCAUCGACCACUCUCCAUUGGCGCACAGACGUAUGGAUCUGUGGCUGUGGGCCGACUGCAGGCGUUUCUUUGCGGAUGUUUCGUGUUUAAGUCUUUGAGAUGUGCACCAUGAUUACUGUCAUUCACUCUGCCAAAACACAAAUCUUUAACUGCUUUUCAUCCUUCAUUUCUGCCAUAAAGAAAAAAAAUUCUACUCAACCUAUUGAGUAAAUUGAAGGUCAAAAUAAUAAGCAAUUCUCAAAAUUUUCCAUUUCUUAUUGAUUUCCAGCUAAUCCUAAAUCUCCCAGGUCGAACAAAAUCCAAGGUGUAACAAAAUCCCAGCUGUAACAAAAUCCCAGCACCUCGCCAACAAUCUCUGGAAUAAUUACUUGACAUGAUGCAUGAUGAUCAAGACUGCCCAGUUGCCAAAUUGUCUCCCGGAACGCUGGAAAAUCGUUUACUCAAGCCACAAACCCUCCCUUGUCCAUUGGCAUGGUCAGGUCAAGACUUCAGUACAGUGGACUGAGUCCCAGAGACUACUUAUCCAUAUUCAUGAGGUCCCUACAAGUUCCCUGCUUAGGAACCCUUGCCCUCAAGAGGUUCCAAUUAGUAAAAUUUAUUAACCUCCUUAACAUUUACAUAUCAAUCAUCAAAACCCCCAUGCAUCCAUACGCUAACAUGUUUGAUGGGCACGGUAAAACUAUAACUGUUUAUAUUAAACACUUUUGAAAACAAACUAGUUAACAUUUACAAAUGUCAAAACUUUCACAGGAAUCACAAAAUUUACAGAAAUGUUAACAAUUCUUCGAGGUAAAUACCUCUCUCAAACCAUGUGGUGGUUGGCGAUUUGAAUUUUGCUCUCAAUGAAAACCUGAAACCCACCAAUAUAAAACCCUACUACUCCAAGGUAAUUUAACUCGGAAUAAGCGACACCCAAAUUAAGGUCCAUGUAUACUGCAUAAAUAAUCUUUUCACAAGAACAGGUAUGUUUUCAAGGGAAUUAAGUUGGAAAAAAGGAAUGAUUCCUAAUUUCAUUGACGGCUCAGGGAUACAAGAUUCCUAAAAAAAAUGUUCUUAACAGAGGCCACUGAGGCUGUAGCACAAAGUUACUUAAAUGUGACUAAGAGGGUACAAAAAUGUAACAAGGGUACAUUGAGUUGAGCCGAUAUUUCUAAUUUGUGAAACGGUUGGAGGCUCCUCUCUCAGAGUUUGGGACAGAUUGAACAACAGCUUCACCCUCUUGCUUAGUACCGGGAUAGAGGGCGUCAGCACACUUAUUAGACUUCCCUGACCUGGACUGAAUAUCGAGAUCAAAAGGGGCAGACUGAGCCACCCAUCACUGCUCAACAGCACCGAGCUUUGCCGUUGGAAGAUGUGCGAGAGGAUUGUUAUCAGUGCAUACCACUGUGCCACGUCCUAGCAGAUAAUCUCUGAAUUUUCCAGAAACAGCCCAUGUAAGAGCUAAGAAUUUCAACUUAAAGCUGGAAAGAUUCAAGUACCCCUUGUCAGCACUUCGAAGGCCUCGGCUAGCAAAAGCCACUGGAUGUAGCUUCCCUAACUCACCUGGUUAGGAAAGACAAGUGCCCAACCUGUGAGUGAGGCAUCAACUACUAAGACAAAGUCUCGGCUGAAAUCUGGAGACCCCAACACUGGUGCAGUACAUAGAGGGCGCUAUUCAACAUGGGCGGUUGUGUUUUUAUUUCUCUCCAUUUCUAAUCUACUUUUUAUCUACUCUGCAAUGGUUUUUUGCUUGUCCUUUGCCAUCAGUGUGUUCUCAGUAUAAUCAUCUUCAGAUUUAUCGGACUCUGAUCUCCUCAGCAAAUGUUAUCUUUAGGAUGGCGACGGAUUUCUUCUUGAUGAUUUGAACUUGUGUGGCUAUGUUCAAAAUGGCCAUCUACCUAUCACGUACAUGUUCAGUGGGACGUGCAGCAGCGAUGACUUUCAGUUUCACAACAUCUUGCUCUAUACAAUUUCAAUAUCGUCCCUCGCUCUCACUAUUCAGUCUGGGAUCUUUGACGGUUACUACCAUGGACUGUCAUCUACACAAACUCUCUGGGCAGAUCACAUCUUCCCUGGCACACAUCUGUCUGUUGGAACCUGUUCCCCUGGACUAGGAACCGGGCCCUACACUACGCGACCACUCAUAAAGCCAGGUAUUGUAGAGUCCCUAUUGCUUACUACAGCAACUGUACAGCAAGUUUCCAUCUGACUCACCUACCUGUUGCCUUGUCAGGCGACAUUGAGGCUAACCCUGGCCCUGCCAAAUUUCCCAACACCCAAUGUGAGAAACCAGUCAGGAAGAGCCAAGAAUCAAGUGUAUCCUGUAUAACGCCUGGAGUAUAACGCCUUCAAUUCCAAUCGGAACUGAAGUUACAUAACUUGGACUUGGCGUUCGUCACUGAGACUUGGCUGGACAGUACUCUUUAUGAUGGAGAGCUUCUCCCAAACUCUAAAUUCUGUAUCUUUAGAAGAGAUCAGAACAGACUUAUUCUUAUAGCUGCUGCCAAGCAUCUCCACCCAGUACACGUUGUGGCCCUUGAACAUGUAGACCUUGAACUAUUGUGGUUAGAAAUAACUACUAAUUAUGGUAAAAUUCUUUUUGGUUGACCGUACAGACUGUCACCACUCUGACAUUUGGCUAUUCACAAUUAGGAUUGGCAACCCGGAUCCUACAGGAUGCACCGACAAUCAAAAUAAAUAACAAGAUCAAACGGUCUUCUUGAAUUCCAAUAUUCUGUAUUCCAAUAUUUACAAAAUGAGCUCGGCAUGGUAUUAGAAAGUUAACUUCUUACAGAAUUAUUUAAUUAUUUACAGGUUUGUGAUUAAGUCAUAAAAGCUCAAUUAUACUCAAUUAGUCAAUCAAGUGACUCUGGGAUCAUCACAUCAAUUAUAAAAAGAAAGGUGCCAUCAGAUAUCCACUUUAAAUUUUUGAAAUAGCAAAACUGAUAGGUCCACCAUCUGUUGAAGUUUCUGUAGACCCCUGAAUUUGGUGUCUAACAAAACUGCAGUAGAUCAGCCCAAAGCUCGGUCAAGCAGAGCAAGUUCAGAGUCUAUGCUCCUUAGCAAUACACAAGGGACUCUUCUCAGUCAUCGGUAGAGUCAGUGGGACCAGUCUCAACAUAAGGCCAUCUACAAUAAAUGUAAACCCAAAACCUUAACAGUUUUAAAGAAAUAGCGUAAUCAUGCUCCAAUUUGUUUCCUUGCCAACCUUUAUCUCCACAAUUCCAAAUUACCACAAAUCUUAUAUCAUUAUCCUUAUUUUCAUAAAUGUAAAUUUCCAGUCUUCUCAAAAAUCAUCAGCCUCGAUCUCCAGGAUCAGCUUAAUAGUCUUAUUACUACAAUUAUGAUGAAACUUUAUCAUCUGAAGGCUUUUCCUUCGAUGUAUAAAAGCAAGAAAAUCAUCAAUAUUACAACACUUAACGGUAAUUUCCUGAACAACUGUCUUGGACGUGAACUGUUGCCAUGAAGUGCUUAUUCCGAUUGGGACGUCUAUGUGGCUGGAAUUACGCCCUAGUUUGCCUAAUUCUCACGGAAACAGAUUUUUCCGUCCUUUUCCGAAGUGGUCAAAACAGAUCCACAACAAAGCUAAAUCUGCUGGCUCAGAUUUCUGAUGCUAGGGAGUCAAAACCGGUCUUACAUCACACAGUCACUCUCCAAACCGCAUUCUUUCUCGAGCGACUAAAAAAUGACUUCUGACUCUCUAUCUCUCUCUCACAUAAAAAAACUCCAACAUGCACCCAAAGAUUCUAAUUGUGUCCGAUUGUACAAUGCGACCUAUUCUUCAUCAACUGGCAUGAUUUGAUUCACAAUAAUAUGAUUGGUGUUCUGACAGUUACCACGGCCUGAACAAAAACCGUUGCUUAAGACGGGAAGGCGUUUUCCCACUUUGCGAAAGCCUUCUCUGGAUGGCAGAGUUACGUCUACGCGGGAAUGAUGAACAAUUCAUUGGCUAAAACUUUUGGACGAUUCCAUUACCUUCGGGUUGGAUUGAGAUAUACUCAGAAUAAAAACAAUCAACGGAACACGGUAAAAACAUAAUCGGAAAACACAAUGUUCAAUUCAUGCUCUGGUUGCACUGUAACACAGACCUCCCAAUUCUUCAGCUCAAUUCUUUGUUGACUAUCAAAAUGUCCUCGAAUCAGUAUUUUACCGGUGCCAUAAGUAUUCUGCCAUUUUCGUGGUUGGUGACCUUUAUAUCAAUUUUGGCCCCUCUGUAAUCUGUACAGCUGGGUUAAUAGAUUGGCUCCAGCUUGCUUCCAAUAUUUUAAAUUUUCAUCAAAUGGUUAACCUGGUUACUCGUAGGAGUUCUUUUGACAACACGAAGGUCUCUACCCUUGACCUGAUUUUUACUAAUAGACCUGAUAUCGUCAGUCAUGUUUCUGCAGUGCCUUAGUGAUCACAGUGGAGUCUUAUUUGAUUGUUCUACCACCUUUGACAGUAAAUCUUUGAACCAUACUUUUUGUCAGUACGAUAAAGCUGACCAAACUGUCCUGUGUGACACGCUUGCUCGGGUGCAUUGGGACACAUAUUUACAUGUAUCUCCUGACUUGGGUAUUGACCAAAUCUGGGAUAACUUUAAAGAUUUACUC